AUGAAUCCCUUUAGAAGACUACCACCAUCAUCGAUACCUCUACCACUUAUCGGUCAUUUGCAUUUGCUUGGAAAGCAACCACAUCAUGCAAUUUUCAAGUUGUAUAAGAAGUAUGGACCUGUAAUGAGAUUGAAGAUGGGAUCGGUCGAGGGAGUUGUUCUCACAGGUCCUGAGACUCUUCACGAAGCUUUCGUUGCAAACGAUCAGCUUUUCAUCAAUAGAUUCCAACGUGACAGUCGUUUGAUUUGGAACCACGGUGAGAACAUCGCCACUUCCAACGGUGACUACAACCGUUACGUCCGUUCGAUUGCACUGAAGAGCAUCGUGCCUAUAAAGAUCAAAAAGAUGGAGGGUGCCAUCAACCAAGAGAUCGUUGGUCUCUGCGAUAAGUUUGCAGAGAUCGCCAAGACCGGACAACCGAUCGAUCCAAUCCGUUACAUCAAACUCUGCUCUCUGAAUAUCAUAUUUAGAUUCCUCUUCUCCAAGAGCUAUCCUUACAACAUUGAAGAUAAGAGUGUAUCAAAGUUUGUAGAUUUCAUCGAAACCACCUUUACUCUGGCAGGCAAAGCAUUCCCAUCGGACUUCCUCCACUUUAUCAAACCACUUUUCAUGAAAACAGCGGUUGCACAUCAAUACAUGGAUGCAAACAAAAAGAUUGGCGAUUUCAUUGAAACUAUCAUAGAUGAAAGAUUGGAACACUUCUCAGAGGAGAAUGAGAAGGAUCCAAAGGAUAUUCUUGAUGCCUACCUCGCUGAAUACAAAGCUGGAAACAUCACAAAGCAAGGUUUGAUUUGUAUUUUCUAUGAUCUUGUUUUAGCUGGUGUCGAUACAAGUGCAAACACAGUUAGUGCACUUCUCAAAUUAGUAUGUAAUAGACCAGAUAUUCAAGAAGGAUUAUAUGAUGAAUUGAAAGCUUUGAUCUCUGGAAAUCCAACUUUGAAUGACAAACAAAUAGCACCAUAUACAAAUGCUGUCAUUAGAGAGACUCUUAGACGUUACUGUGUAGUUCCGCUCGGUAUACCUCAUUCAGCAUCAGAAGAUUGCGAAUUCAAAGGAUAUUUUAUCAAGAAAGGUUCUCAAAUCAUUCAAAAUAUAAAUGGAUCGAUGUUGGGAGAAGAGUUUUGGGAUGAACCAUUGGAAUUCAAACCAGAGAGAUUCAUGGGUGAAGCAAAUCAACAUAAUAUAGCAAGAGUCAAAUUUACUUUUGGAGCAGGUCCAAGAAAUUGUCUUGGUACUUCUUUGGCAGAGAAUGAAUUGUUUUUAAUGGUUGCCUAUCUUUUCAAGAGAUUCAGAUUCGAAAGUACAACACCGGGUGAACUCAUUGAUGAUACUAUGUUUUCAGUUUGA